AUGUCACGCGAAGAGAAGGAGCUCCUGGAGAGCUUCGGUACCGUCUUCCACUGCAUUGAUACCGCGACCUUCCAUGAAGUCUUCCACUCCGAGAUUCCAUACCUCCAUGAGCUCAUGUUCGAACACGGUUCUCUGCUUCAUCUCCCACAAUUCUUCCUGGCUAGCGAGGCCACCUCCCCCGCAUUUUCCGGCAUGGUUCUGCAGUACUUGAUGGAGCGCAUUGACGAAGUUGGAACUUCAGACAUGACAAAGGCAAAAAUUCUCUUGAGAAUGUUCAAGCUCUCAUUCAUGGCGGUAACUUUGUUCUCUGUCCAAAAUGAACAAGUCCUCCAUCCUCAUGUGACAAAGAUCGUUACCAAGUGCAUUGAGCUAUCAGUGACUGCCGAGGAGCCGAUGAACUACUUCCUCCUUCUACGUUCCCUUUUCCGCAGCAUCGGUGGUGGUCGAUUCGAGCUCUUGUACAAGGAAAUUCUUCCGCUUCUGGAAAUGCUUCUGGAGACCUUUAACAAUCUGUUGAUGGCAGCUCGCAAGCCCCAAGAGCGUGAUCUUUACGUCGAGCUUACUCUCACUGUCCCGGCACGACUCAGUCACCUUCUCCCACACUUGAGCUAUCUCAUGCGCCCAAUUGUGGUGGCCUUGCGUGCCGAUUCUGACCUGGUUGGUCAAGGAUUACGUACCCUUGAACUUUGCGUGGAUAACUUGACGGCUGAUUAUCUUGAUCCGAUUAUGGCUCCCAUCAUGGAUGAGCUUAUGACCGCUCUAUGGGAUCAUCUGCGCCCCCAUCCAUACAACCAUUUCCAUGCACACACCACAAUGCGCAUUCUCGGAAAGUUGGGUGGGCGUAACCGCAAGUUCCUUAAUCACCCGCCGGAGUUGUCAUUCCAGCAAUACUCCGACGACAACCCCAGCUUCGACAUCCGUCUUAUCGGUCCAAGCGAGAAGCGGCCUUUCCCUGUCGAUAUCGGCAUUGAUCUGGCCAUCGGCAAACUCAUGGAGGCUCCCAAGACAGAUUCUGCCAAGUCUUCCGAUAUCUACUACAAACAACAGGCAUUCCGAAUGCUUAGUUCCCACUUGAAGCUGCAGAUUGGAUAUGAGAACCUUCCCGAUGACCUCGCGUCUUUAAUUCGGUUACAUGCCAACGAUCUUUUCGACAGCAAGGUCAGUGCUAUGGUGGAUAUCCUUGAGAAGUCCGAGCGAUCGGCCUCUGUUCCAAAGAAGGUGGCACAAGAAGCAACUGUGAAGAAGCUUCUGAAGGCAUGUAUCUUUGCGACUACCAUCCCCGAUCUUGAGCCUACCGCAAGUGCAUUUGUCGCGGAUGUUUGCAAGCAUUUUGCUGUCGUUGAGGUCGGCCGGGCUCUUGCUCAAGCCCGUCAUAGCCGCAAGCCGUUUGAUGUUUCCAAUGGAGAAGGUCCAGUUUACUUGGAUUCCCGUACUCUAGCUGAAGCGAUUGUCGAAACUCUCUCUUCCGACAACGCCCAUGUCCGAGACGCCGCCGAGCUGGCUAUGCAGAUCGUCAAAGAAGCCGCUGGCGUCAUCUUUGGGUCUCCUGAGAAGGCAUCGAAGCUUCCAUUCUUCCAGCAUCUUGGCCGCGUGUUUUGCCACAGCUGCUACAGUGAGGAGUGGUUUACCAAGGCUGGUGGAAGUCUAGGAAUUAAACUCCUUGCUACCAAACUCGACCUCGGGGAAACGUGGCUAUAUGAGCGUCAUGUUGAUUUCUCCCGGGCUCUUAUGCAUGUGAUCAAGGACACGCCUGCAGAUCUCCCUGCAUCCACACGAGGUCAGUCUCAGGAGACUAUGACUAUGAUUCUUCAGCGGUGUGGAAAGGCCAUUCCCAAAGAUGACUUGAAGAACGAGAAGAGUCGUCUCUUUGCUCUCUGUGGCUUUUUUGUCUAUGAGCUUGGUCAUAUGAAUAAGCAUGUUCGUGAAACAUCCCGUCGUUGCUUCGCAACUCUCAAGGAAGAACUGGGCUGUGAGCUCCAUGAACUCAUUGCCCCAGUCAAGGACCGCUUGCUUCAGCCAAUCUUCAACAAGCCUCUGCGUGCUUUGCCAUUCGCAACUCAAAUUGGGUUUAUCGAUGCUAUCACGUACUGCCUUGGUUUGCACAAUGACAUUGUCACUUUCAAUGAGCCAUUGAACCGGUUGAUGCUGGAGUCGCUCGCUCUUGCUGAUGCCGAUGAUGAAUCGCUCGCCUCCAAGCCGAAUGAAUUCAAAAAUGCGGACAUGAUUGUCAACUUGCGUGUUGCUUGCUUGCGGCUUUUGUCCAUGGCUAUGAACUUCCAAGACUUUGCCAACACACCUCAGAACACUAGCCGAGCUCGGAUAAUUUCCGUGUUCUUCAAGUCUCUGUACUCUCGUUCUCCUGAGGUGAUCGAAGCUGCAAAUGCUGGUCUUAAGGAUGUUCUCACUCAGACCAAUAAGCUACCCAAGGAUCUAUUGCAGAAUGGCUUGCGCCCUAUUCUCAUGAAUCUGCAAGAUCCGAAGCGCCUGAGUGUCGCUGGUCUUGACGGCUUGGCUCGCCUUUUGACUCUUCUCACCAAUUAUUUCAAGGUUGAGAUUGGUGCCCGUCUUCUAGACCACAUGAAAGUGAUUGCGGAUGACGGCGUCCUACAAAAGGUCUCGUUCAGCCUUGUUGAGCAAAACCCUGCUAUGAAGAUUGUUGCUGCCAUCUUUAAUAUUUUCCACCUUCUUCCCCCGGCUGCUACUUCAUUCAUGGAACAUCUUGUCAACAAGGUCCUGGAUCUUGAGAAGAAGCUGCGAAGAACGUCACACAGUCCCUUCCGAAAGCCCCUUGUUAAGUAUCUCAAUCGGUACCCCAAGGAAAGCUUAGCCUUCUUCUUUGCCCGGUUCAAGGAUGAGCGAUUCGGUCGUUUCUUCGGCCAAAUUCUGGCUGACGCGGAGAGUGAAACCUUGCGAAAUGCAGUGGUCGCUGAUACAGAGACCUUCCUUUCAACCGCAUUCGGACAGGAUGGUGCAGAUGGCAAGAACACUGCCGCCAUUAAUGGAAUUUAUGUCACUCAUUCUAUCAGCUCCUACUCCUCUACUAAGAAGUGGCUGGUCGAGCAUGCGGAUUUGAGAGCGAAGCUUCUGUCUUCUGGGCGGGACCUGGAAAGAAAGCUCCGAGGUGACAGCUUACCUCCUGAUGAGCGCCUUAGAGUUGAACAGGCUGAGGAUCAGUUGAUGGACAUUUUCACCACCUACCUGACGGAGGCAUCACACGACCUUGACUUCUUGUUUGAGGUCAUUGAUGGUCUUUCGGCGGACGAGUUGAAGCGCACUCUUGCUCUUCCCAAGUUCAUCUACAGCCACAUCAUCACCAAUGAGUCCAUCGACUAUCGCCGCUCUGUCAUCAUGCGCUGUCUCGAGCUCUACGGCCAACGGGCUUGUUCCCAGAAGACCAAGACAUAUGCAUUCCGCAAUUUGGUCAACCCUAUUCUUGCAAUGGAUGUGCAGACCACUUGGAAGAGUCCACCCAACACUCCUAAGUUGAUGGAUAAGAGCAUGACUGAGUCUAUCCAGAGCCGUCUGUGGAAGCCACAACUCGCAGAUCUCAGUGAAGAGUCUAGUCAAGCCGGAGUUGACCACUCGCGCAUGGAGCUUCUACAGUUGUCCGCAUUGUUGAUCAAGUAUCACUCGCAGACCGUCCAGGACUCCCGCAAGGACAUCAUCAAGUUUGCUUGGAAUUACAUUCGCCUCGAAGAUAUCAUCAACAAGUAUGGCGCUUAUGUUCUGAUCAGCUACUUCAUAGCCCAUUACGAGACGCCUUUCAAGAUUGUGAUACAAGUCUACGUCGCUUUGCUUAGAGCCCACCAAAACGAAGGCCGUGCGCUUGUCACUCAGGCACUCGAUGUCUUGGCUCCUGUGCUACCCACUCGAACUGCUGGCAACCAAGGUGCAGAGGCACGCUAUCCAUUGUGGGCUAAGUGGCCUCGUCGUAUCUUGGCCGAAGAGACUGCGAACUUGCAACAGGUGAUGAGUAUUUUCCAGUUCUUGGUCCGACAGCCUGACCUCUUCUAUGAGUCGCGUGAGCAUUUUGUGCCCCUCAUUGUUCCGUCUCUCAUCAAGAUCGCUGGUCCACCAAAUACUUCCAAUGACAGCAAAAAGCUGGCCCUUAACCUCAUUGGCUUGGUUUGGCACUGGGAGGAAAAGCGCUCAUCAGCAGAGGCAGGCAUCAGUGGUGCCAAUGCCGUAACUGACUCACCGAAUACCAAGAAGCGCAAGCUAGAAGAGCCUCAAGAGAUGGCUUCUCCUGCUUUGGCGCCUCCACCAAGCAGAGGAGGAUCGGAUUACUCUGUACCGGUUGAACUUCGUGCCGCUCUCAUCAAAUACCUCAUCACAUUCAUCACUACCAUUCCCGAGCGGUUCUCUGUUCCAGCUGCCCAGAUUCGUGCAAAUUCUGCCGCGAAGCAGGCGCAGACUCCACCUACUUGCGAGAUGAUCAAUAAGGCUAUCUAUCUUCUCAGAAACCUGCUUUCACCAGAAUACUGGGGAGAUCUUGAUAUCGACCUCUACCAGAAGGUAACAGAGCCCAUUCUUGCAGGCGAGAAGGCCGACAAACCCGAUGAGAAGCAGAUCACUGCUAUGGUGAAUGCGCUUCAAGUCCUGCGUGUUCUCAUCGCGGCAAAGCCGAAUGAAUGGAUCUCUGCUCGUCUUCCGGCCGUCCAGAAAUUGCUCGAGAAGCCAUUGAAAUCGGAUAAUCCUGAGAUCCAGGACUGUCUCCACGGCCUGGAGGAUGAGAUGGAAAUCUCUAUCAAGUUGCCACCACCUGUUCGUCGGGUUCUCGAGGCUAUACCGGACGAGGCACCUGACGAUGAGGAUGCUAUGGACACCGAGGGCACUGCGUCUGAGUUUGCCACCUACUUGUCUACUAUUGCAACCGAAACACUUUCUGCCAGCAAUUACGUUUCAAGUCUGAACACACUCUGGACCCUGUCGAAGCAUAAGCCUGCCGAGAUUGACACGCAUAUUCCUGCUGUCAUGAAGGCGUUCUCGCAAAAGCUUGCUAAAGAACAUGUUGCGGCCUCCACGCAGCAAAACGGUGCACAGGCUCAAAAUGGGGCUGCUACUCCUGCCAAGCCUGCCGAAGGUGUUCCAGAACCGCAUGAAAUUGAACUUGGUGUUGACCUAAUCUUCAAGACGAUCGAAUUGAUUUCGGUCCGCAUGUCUCACCUCGGUGACCAACGCCGCCCGUUCCUGAGUGUGCUGGCAUCUAUUGUGGAACGAUCGCAGAAUACCAAGCUGUGCACUAAGGUCUUGGAAAUGGCGGAGUCCUGGAUUUUCCACUCCUCCGAGUCAUGGCCAACCUUGAAGGAGAAGACAGCAGUGCUGCACAAGAUGCUUCUCUUUGAAUCUCGAACGGAUCAGACUAUGCUGAAGAAGUUCCUUGACCUUGUGAUUCGUAUCUACGAGGACUCAAAGAUCACCCGCACAGAGUUGACUGUCAGACUGGAGCAUGCUUUCCUUAUUGGUACACGAGCCCAAGAUGUUGAAAUGCGCAACCGGUUUAUGACCAUCUUCGAUCGUAGCUUGACCCGCUUGGCAAGCUCUCGAUUGAGCUAUGUGCUCACCUGUCAAAACUGGGACACUCUCGCCGACUCUUUCUGGCUGGCCCAGGCCUCUCAUCUGGUGCUUGGGUGUGUAGAUAUGAACACCACCGCCCGUCUGCACCAGGAAGACUUCACACUCUACCCACUUACCUUCCUCUUUGCUGGCGGUGAGAAGGAUUCCAGAAUGGGAGAUAUCAUGGUUGACAGCUCACUUGAGACCUUCGUCGCUGAACGCAAGCGCUUCAUGUCUGAGGUUGGUGACGUUAAGGUUCGUGAUUUGAUAGAACCUUUGUGUCAGCUCCAGCACACAGAUCCAAACGUAUCCUACAAACUUUGGACUACUCUUUUCCCCAUCUUCUGGUCUACCUUGCCAAAGGACGACCGCAUUGAUCUUGAGAAGGGCAUGGUUACUCUCCUUACUCGCGAGUACCACCAAAGACAAUUGGAUAAGCGCCCCAAUGUUGUGCAAGCUCUUCUGGAGGGUGCUGUGCGCGCUCGUCCUCGAUUCAAGAUUCCUCCGCACGUCAUGAAAUACCUUAGUCGUACCUACGAUGCCUGGUAUACCGCCGCGACCUACCUAGAGGAGAGUGCUAUUAACCCGAUCAUCGACACUGCCACUGUUCGUGAAAGCAAUCUUGAUGCCCUGGUCGAAGUUUAUGCUGGUCUUCAAGAAGAUGACUUCUUCUAUGGUACCUGGCGCCGCCGUUGCAAGUUCGUUGAAACCAAUGCAGCAUUGUCGUAUGAGCAGCAAGGCAUGUGGGAUAAGUCCCAGCAGCUCUACGAAAACGCGCAAAUCAAAGCUCGUUCUGGAGCAAUGCCAUUCUCUCAAGGUGAAUACUUUGUUUGGGAAGACCAUUGGUUGAUCUGCGCGCAGAAGCUCCAGCAAUGGGAAAUUUUGAGUGACUUCGCUAAGCAUGAAAAUUUGAACGAUCUUCUCCUUGAGGCUGCUUGGAGAAACAUUGAAAACUGGCAGAGCGAGGGCAAUCGUGAGCAGCUAGAGUCACUGAUCAAAUCCGUUUCUGAUGCUCCUACCCCGCGACGCACUUUCUUCCAAGCUUUCAUGGCUCUUCUUCAGUACCACACCAAGAAGGAGAACAUGCAAGACUUCAACAGCGUCUGUGAUGAGUCUAUUCAACUGUCUAUUCGCAAGUGGCUUCAAUUGCCCAAGCGCAUUACUAAUGCUCAUAUCCCCAUCUUGCAACACUUCCAGUUGCUGGUCGAACUUCAUGAUGCCAGUCACAUCUGUGGCAGCUUGGCCCAGACCAAUGAGCGUAACCUUGAUACCAAGUCCGCUGAGUUGAAGCUUCUUCUUGGAACCUGGCGAGAUCGAUUGCCCAACCUGUGGGAUGACAUCAAUACCUGGCAAGACCUUGUUACUUGGCGCCAGCACAUCUUCCAGCUUAUCAACGGUACUUAUCUCAGCCUUCUCCCUCCUCAGACCAACAAUGUCGCCAGCAACUCCUAUGCCUACCGUGGAUACCAUGAAACUGCUUGGAUCAUCAAUCGCUUCGCUCAUGUUGCCCGCAAGCAUCAAAUGCCAGAGGUCUGCAUCAAUCAAUUGAGCCGUAUCUACACACUGCCCAACAUUGAAAUUCAAGAAGCUUUCCUCAAGCUACGUGAGCAGGCGAAGUGCCACUACCAGAACCCCAAGGAGCUCAACAGUGGGUUGGAUGUCAUCAAUAACACCAACCUCAACUAUUUCGGACCCCAGCAAAAGGCUGAGUUCUACACUCUGAAGGGAAUGUUCCUUGCCAAACUGGAUAAUGUCAAUGACGCGAAUGAGGCCUUUGGUGUUGCUCUCUACUAUGAUCUUCGUCUUGCAAAGGCAUGGUCAGAAUGGGGACAGUACAGUGAUCAGCGCUUUAAGGCGGACCCGGCGGACUAUGAACUCGCCAGUAACGCCGUCAGCUGUUACUUGGAGGCAGCCGGUCUCUACAAGAGUGCUAAGUCGCGUAAGCUUCUUAGUCGAAUCCUUUGGUUGCUGAGUCUGGACAAUGAUGAGGGUCAGAUCGCCAGUGCCUUCGAGAACUUCAAGGGAGAUACACCUGUAUGGUACUGGAUUACCUUUAUUCCUCAACUUCUCACCAGCUUGUCUCACCGCGAGGCGCGUCUGUGCAAGGCUGUUCUCGUCAAGAUCGCCAAGUUGUAUCCACAGGCUCUCUUCUUCUUGCUCCGCACAAACAGAGAGGAUAUGCUGAGCAUCAAGAAACAGCAUGAUCAAAAGCAGGAGAAGUUGAACCGCGCCAGACAACAGCAGCAACAGACAUCUUCACCAAGUCAGAAGCCAAAUGGCGAAGCGUCACCCGCUCCGAAACCUCCAACCAGUGUCCCUGCACCUAGUGCCUCCCCAGCAAAUCAAGCCGCCAAUCUGCCAACUGCUCAAUCCCCUGCUCAAAACCCGUCCGCCCAGCAGUCUCCUGCUCAGCCUCAGAAUCAGGUGCAAGCUUCCCCGCGACCUGCCCAGAACCAAAGCCCUGCUCCUGGUCAAGUUCAAGCCCAACCCCAGGGAGUUCCAGGACAACAGCAAGGUCACUUGCAAGUUCCAGGUCAGACUGGCACACCUCAACAGCAGAAUCAAGUUCCUCCUACCGCCACUGGUACCGAAAAGGAGCCUCUGAAGAAGCCAUGGGAAUACUCGGACGAGAUCAUGUCCGGCCUCAAGACAGCUUUCCCACUGCUUGCUCUGUCCAUGGAAACUAUGGUCGACCAAAUUCAUAAGAACUUCAAGUGUCCACCAGAUGAGGAUGCCUAUCGACUUAUUGUUGCUCUACUGAACGAUGGACUGGCCUAUGUGGGACGUAUGCCUGGAUCGUACGCGCAGGAUUUCAAGCUACCCGCUGCGACAGAAGCCAAUAUCACUCGAUUCGCAGAGACGAUUCUGCCUGCCCAUAUUCGCAAGUCUUUCGAGGCAGACUUCGUCGUCAAGAAGCCUACGAUGCACGAAUACAUCCAUAAAUUGCGUCGCUGGCGUGACAAGUUCGAGGAGAAGCUGGAUCGCCGCCCUCAGGCUGGAAAUCUGGAGAGCUACUCGCCUCAUCUCAGCGAGUUCCGUUUCCUCAAGUUUGACGAAGUUGAAGUUCCCGGGCAGUACCUUCUCCACAAAGACAAGAACCAAGACUUCGUUCGCAUCGACCGCUUCUUGCCCGAUGUGGACCUGGUUCGUGGUAUUGGUGUUUGCCACCGUCGCCUCAAGAUUCGAGGACAUGACGGUAGCAUUCAUGCUUUCGCCGUUCAGCACCCAGCUGCACGCCACUGUCGUCGUGAGGAGCGCAUUCUGCAAUUGUUCCGGAUCUUCAAUGGUCUUUUGGCUAAGCGCAAGGAAAGUCGUCGCCGCAAUCUUUACUUCCAUCUCCCUCUUAUGGUGCCAUUGGCGCCACAUAUCCGUUUGGUUCGGGACGACUCUUCCUACAUUUCUAUGCAAGGAAUCUAUGAGGAUUACUGCAGACGUGUUGGCAUGAACAAGGAUGAGCCGGUUCUUUUCACCAUGGAUCGAAUGCGGUCGCUGGCAGAGACAAAACAAAAUGUAAGUCAUUUAACCUACCAUUCCAGCUUGUAUCCAAUUAACCAUGUCAUCCAGCGCACGGCUGAUCAGCAACAGGUGCUUCGUACUGAGAUCUUGACUGCCAUUCAAGACAAAUGGGUCCCCAGUACCGUGGUGUUAGAGUUCUUCCAGCAUACAUACCCCAACUUUGCGGACUUCUGGCUUUUCCGCCGACAGUUUGCUUACCAGUAUGCUGCGGUUGCUUUCAUGACAUACGUGAUGCACAUCGGUAAUCGUUAUCCUAACAAGAUCUUGGUUUCGCGCUCAACCGGUGAUAUCUGGGGUGCGGAAUUGAUUCCCACCAUCAACCCUGGCAAGGCGAUUUUCUACAACCCAGAGCAGGUGCCAUUCCGAUUCACACCAAACAUCCAGACAUUGCUGGGUCCUAUUGCUACAGAGGGUCUGUUUGCCUGUGCUAUGAUGGCUAUUUCUCGCUGUUUGACUGAGCCUCGUCACGAGUUGGAGCAACAGCUCAGUAUCUUCGUCCGUGACGAGAUGAUGUUCUGGUCCACUGCUCACCAUCGUGGUGUUUUGCCUGUGCCUCAGCUGCGUGAUCUUGUUAACAACAAUAGCGAGAUCAUCGUCAACCGCGCUGUUAGCCUGGCUAGUCCACCCGAGGGCAACUUGCCUGCCAACCAAACCACGAUCGAUUUGAUCUCCAAGGCAGUUAACCCUCAGCACCUGGCAUCCUGCGAUGCGUUGUGGAUGCCUUAUCUUUAA